GCAGCCGAGCCGAGCCGGGCCGAGCCGAGCCGGGCCUCCCGGCGGCGGCGGCCAUGUCGCGGGGCGCCGUGCGGGUGCUGCGCCUGGGCCCGCUGCCUUACGCCGAGGCGCUGCGGGUGCAGGAGCGCUGCGUGGGGGAGGCCCGGGCCUCAUCCUGCCGCGGUGCGGAGCCCCGUCCCCACCUUCCCCCGGCGGCGGAGAGCGUGGUGCUGAGCGAACCGGCCGGCCCCGUCUACGCCUGGGGGCUGCGGGGAGCCCCGGCGGCGGAGCUGGCGGCGAAGCUGCGGGAGAAAGGAGCGGGGCUGGCGGCGGUGCGGCGGGGGGGCCACGUCACCUUCCACGGCCCCGGGCAGCUGCUCGCCUUCCCGGUGCUCGACCUCCGGCGCCGCCGCUUGGGGCUGCGGGGCUACGUGGGGAGCUUGGCGGAGGUGGGGGUGAGGCUGUGCCGCCGCCUCGGGCUGCCCGCCGCCCGCGCCCUGCCGCCGCCGCUCACCGGGGUGUGGCUGGGGGACGGCAAGGUGGGCGCCAUCGGGGUGCACUGCGGGCACUACAUCACCUCGCACGGGCUGGCGCUGAACUGCUGCACCGACCUCGCCUGGUUCGAGCACAUCGUGCCCUGCGGGCUGGAGGGGAAAGGCGUCACCUCGCUGAGCCGCGAGCUGGGCCGCCACGUCCCCGUCGACGACGUCCUCGAGCCCUUCCUCGACUGCUUCCAGGAGGUCUUCGACUGCGCCUUGGUGUUUUCGGAGGAACCCGAGGACUAGGAGGGCGGCGGGGGUCCCAGCUGCGAGCUGGGGGCUCGGCGGCGGCGGCCAACGCCGCAUCCCGACGGGGCUGCCCCGUGCUUGGUUUUGGGACAGGAGGCCUGGCUUUUGGGGCUGCUGGACGGCCGAAGUGCUGUGGGGGCUGCCGACCCCG